AUGCAGGGCAGCAGCGGCGGCGCGACGACGUCGGGGUCGUCCGGCGCGCAGAACACGCCGGGCGGGCUCACCCCGGAGAGCCGCCCGGCGCGGGGGGGUGUGUUGGAAGAUGCCCCCCUGCCGAGCACGCUCCGGUGCGACGCCGGGUUCGACACGGUGCACGCGAUGCUGGACUCGAUCUCGAUGGCCGGGAUCGGCGCGAGCACGGGCCCGGCGGCCGACGCGGGGGGGGACACAAUGGGGUACUUGACUGUGGGGGGGGAGUUGCGCGCUGACGAGGCGCUGGCGAGCCUCGACGAGCAGCCGCGGAAGCUGGACGCGGUCCCGGCGCCCGCGCAGCCCUCGAUGACGGCGGCCGCGAGCGCGAUCCCGGUCCCGCGCGGGCACGACGGCGGCUGGACCGCGGGCGGCGGGACGGCGCUCGAGCACACGUCAGCGACAGCCGGCGACGAGCCCGGGCGGCUGACCGUCGGGGGCGCGUUCCGCGUGCUCGGGAUCCUCGCGGAGAGCGGCGCGUCCUGCCUGAGUCAGUCCGGCGGAGACCCCCUCCCUUCGAAACAACACACCUCCGCCCUCGUCGACGUGACCAACGGCGCCUCGCGGUCGUCCGCGGGCAGCCGGCGGCCCCUGCCGCUCUACCUCCGCCUCCGCGCCGUCGCCACGAUCCUGGACGCGAAGCGCUCGCAGGCGCAGCGGGCGAUGGACGCGACGCACAAGCGGCUGCGGGAGGUCACGCGGGACCUCGCGCACCACGAGUUCCUGCUCGCGCGCGCCGCGAAGUCGGAGGUCGUGCCGCCGCGCGUGGACGAGGGCGCGGCGCCCCCGGGGCUCUUCCUGGCGUCGCGCCAGGAGGUCGAGUUCCGCCUGACGCUGCUCGCGUCGCUGGAGCGGAAGCUGCGCAUGAAGCUCGGCAUGAUGGCGCUGGCGUCGCACCGGGCGCUGCAGGCCGACCGCGCGCUGCUCGUGGCGCGGGCGUUCCACCGCGAGGAGGCCGACGCGCUGCGGUACGGGUUCGAGGCCUUCCGCGACCUGCUGCUGGAGCUGCGCGCGAAGGAGGAGCUUGCAGACAGGGUGGCGACGGGCGUGCUGGGCGCGUGGUCGGAGUGGGCGACGAACCAGGCGCGGGCGCAGCACGCCCUGCGCGUCGCGCGCGCGAUGCGGAGCAAGAUGCUCAAGCGCAGCGCGCUGGCGCACUGGGCGACGGCCACCGUCACCACGCGGCAGUGCAAGCUCCAGGAGGCCGUGUCGAUCGCGUGGGACGUCAAGUCCCGCAUGCUCCACGCGUUCACUGCCUGGCGCGACCACUUCCGCCGCCGCCAGGUCCUCCGCCAGCGCCUCGACGCCGCGUCGGCGGGGCCUAUUGCCAGCUCAGGCAGCAACCACCUCGGGGACACCACGGGGGGCAGCAGCGCGGCGCGGCAGGCCAUGCCGGCGUUCCCUUCGCUCUUGCGCCAGCUCGCGCACGGGUACGAGCGCCUCCACGUCAGGUUCGCGGGGCCGCGCGAAGAGAUGCUGGCCCUGUCGCGGUCGCUGCAGCGCCUCGCGCCGAGCCUGCGGUUCUGCGCGACCGAGGAGGACGUCAUGUGGGGCGCCGCGGCGGGCCGCAUGCUCGAGGAGGCGCGGCGCGAGGAGCGGAGGGCCGGGCGGGCGCCGCGGAGCGACGAGGACGAGCCUGCGCAUCGGCUGUCGCCCUCCGACAAGCAGCGCGUGGAGGCGGCGGCGAAGGAGAUCCGCGGGCGGCUGUACCUCGGACAGCGCGGGCGCGACCGGCUGGUCGUCACCGAGCGGCAUCGCCUGCGGCUGCCCGAACGCGCGCCCCUGGGCGACGUCGCCUCGCCAGAGGCGUGGGCCACCGUGCAGCACGUCGUGCGGUACGCCGCGGGGCUGCUCAACCGCGAGCGCACGGUCUGCACCGCGGCGCGGGACGGCGCGGCCGCGCUCGCGACGUACGUUGGGCAGAUCGACAGGGGCGACGCGCGGCACGCAGCGUUCCUCUCCGGCGCUCUGACGGACCUCGCGGACGUCGUGCGCGCCGGCUGGACGCCGCGCCCAGGGGCGGAGGCGCGCCGCCUGACGCCCGAGCCGCCGCCGGGCGCCGCGGCGGCCACCGACGAGGUGGCGCGCCUUGCAGCGGAGCUGGGUGCGCAGUCAGGCGGUCUCCUGGGGGCGAUCUCGCCGGGCAGCUGCGUCCGGCAGGCGAUCACGCGCGCGACUGAGGCGGGUGUCGCGGCGCGGGAGGCCGCGGACAUGCCCGAGGGCCGCCCUGGGGGAGUCGCAGGGGGGGUGUCGGCGCUGGCGACAGACGUCGCGGCGUGCCUCGACCGGCUCCGCGUCGCGGACGCGGACAGCGCGGACGCCGACUGGCCGGCCGUGCGCAUCGUCGCGGAGCGCCUGCGCGCCCUCGCCGCGCGGGCCCUCGCAGAGCACACCGCGCUGGCUGCCGAAGAGGACCUUGCAACGUGCGAGGAGGUGCGGAUCGGUGCGACGGCCGCGCAGCGCAGCGCCGCGUCCCGCGACGCCGCCGCGAGCCUCGCCCGCCAGGCGGACGCGCUCACCGCCGCGAUGCGCGACGACCUCGCCGCUGCGGAGGCUGAGGUUGGCGUCGCCGCGAACGUGGUCGUUGACGAGCCCGGGGGCGAAGGGGACGCGGUGCCGGGGUUGGCGGGGUUCGAGGUGCGCGUGGACGCGGCUGUAUCGGCCCUGCGCGCGCGUGCGGCGGAGCGGCACGCGCGUGCGGACGAGAUCGACAGGAAUCGCGCGCGGUUGCAGCCGCUGCUAGAGCAGGCGAUGGAGGCGUCGGCGGCGGCGGGGGAGGCGCGCAGGGAGCACCGGUGGGCGGCGGUGGACGCGCAGGCUGCGAUGCAGCGGCUGCGGGAGGGUCUCGAGGACGUGCAGGGGCUGGUGGCGGGGACGGCGUCGGCGUCGCUGGCGGCGGCAGUCGGGGAGGCGCGGGCGCGGGUGGAGGACGCGGAGGCGGACGAGGUGCGCGCGUUCGAGGUCGCGGAGGGGCUGACGAAGCGCGGGACGGAGCUGGAGGCGGAGGCGGAGCUCGAGCGCGACGCGGCUGCGGCGGACACGCGACAGGCGGAGGCGCUGCUGACGACGAUCGCGGCGAUGCGCGAGCUGGCGCAGACGCGCGGGCUGCUGCAGCGCGGGCUGAGCGCCGCGACGGGCGCCGCGCAGGGCGGCGCGAUGACGGCGCAGCGGCGCGCGGAGGCGGCGGGAGCUGCGGCGAGGCUGGCGCAGGAAGCAGCGGUGGCUCUGGAGACGGCGUGGCGCGCAGUGGUGAUGCCGUGGGACGUGGCGCUGCAGCUGCGGGCGCUCGCGGAGGGCGUCCGCGCGGGCGUGCCGCUCGGGAACCUGACGUCAGGCGCGCCUGCGUCAGGGUUGGGCUCGCUCAGCCGCACGGCGGCGGGCGCGGUGGCCUCGUCGACGAUCGCGGGCGCGACGCGGUACUUCGACGGCGACAGCGACGCGGAGUCCUCCGACGGCGAGGACGACGACGACCCCGCCGCGCGCUUCGCGGUGCUGUACGAGAUCGGGUUCGAUUAUUUGGGGGGGUGUGUUUGGCUGCCGUGGUCGCGGUUCGCGCCAGGGUCGCACUGGGCGUUCGACGCCGACGAGGACGACUGGCUGCGGCCGAUCCCGCGGCCCCGCGUCCACUUCUUCACGCCGUCGGGGCGCUACAUCGGGUCAAUACCCCCCCCCCCGCCGAGCCUGGGCGGGUCGGACCCGUUCGUCCGCGCGGCGCUGGCGGCGCGCGCGGCCGCCGCUGCUGCGUCCGCGGGCGGGCAAGGCACGUCGGCUGCGUACGCGUCGCUGAGCAGCAGCGUGGGGGCGGUGGCGAACCUUGCCUGGCCCAGCAUCGGCGCGACAGGGAGCCCCGGCGCAGGGACGUCGUCCGAGCGGCUGUGGUUCGACCGGGACGACGGCUCGGAGGACGGCCGCGCGCCGACCGUGGCGUCGGUGCUGACGGGUCCGUCCAGCGCCACGGCCCUGACGUCAGCAGCAGGGACGUCGUCGGCGCUGACUCAGGGGUCGUCGUCGGGCUCGUCCGGGCGGCCCCGCGUGCCGCUCAACUACCAGGCGCGCACGGUGAACGGCGCGGCGACGAUGGUGUACCUCCGCGGCCUCUCCCGGCGCGUCCUGGCCGGCAUGCGCGAACGCUCUGCGCAGAUGCGCGCCGCCAGCGACCUCGCGGAGGGCCGCGCGGGGGGCAGCUACCUGCGGCACUGGUUCCUGCGGUGGCGGGGCUGGCCCGCGCGCCGCGAGCGCCUCGCGGAGGCCUUCUACCGCCGCCGGACGCUGGAGGUGGCAACGCGGGGGUGGCUGCUGGUGGUGCUCAAGGCCGCGGACGAGCGGGCCGCGACGCUGACGGCGCGGGAGUUCCACGAGGGGCGCUCGCUGCGCGCGAUGUGGGACCACUGGCGGUCGGCGGCGCGGGCGCGGCGGCUGCUCACGCGGGUGCUGGGCGACGCGCAGGAGCGCUGGGCGGGCGUGGACGUGCUGCCGUCGCACCGCGCGGAGUUCGAGACGAUGGAGCGCGCGUUCGCGGGGUGGCGGCAGGUGCGGCACGUGAAGGAGGGGCGGCGCGAGGAGCUGCGGCAGCGGGACGCGGCCGACGCGUGGCGCGACACGCACACCAAGGCGCGCACGUUCGUGGACCUGCGGGAGCACACGCGGGAGCGCGUGAUGAACGAGAUCCGCGCGCGGCGGGCGUUCCGCUGCUGGCGGCGGUACGCCGAGGACGUGCGCGGGCAGCCGGGGCACGCGUCGGCGCGGCGGAAGUUGCGCGACGCGGGGUACGCGAACGAGGUGGAGUACCACGAGCGGCUGGAGGCGCGGAGGGAGCGGAAUGCGCUGGCGCGGGGGUUCCGGGCGUGGCGCGAGGCGUUCCAGGCGGGCGGGGGCGCGAGGAUUGCGACGGCACGCACGCACAGGCUGCGCGUGGUGUUCCGGGCGCUGAGACAGGGGUGCGCGGAGUCGCGCGAGGCGGACGACGAGCGCAUCGCGCCGCACCUCGAGCGCUGGCGCGAGCGUCGGCCGCGCCGGAAGGCCUUUUGCGUCUGGCGUGCAGUUGCGCGCGAACUGCGGGAGCGCCGGCGCGACAACCGCGUGGCCGACGACGCGCGCCGCGCGACGCUCCUGCGGCACGCGUUCCGCGCGCUCGCGUGGUACGCUCGCAUGGACGACGAGGGGCACCGGUCGGACCUGCAGGUCGCGCGCGCACAUGCGGACCGCAGCCUGUUGCGGCGCAUGCUGCCGCUGUGGGCCGAGGCAGCGGGGUGCGAGUCGGCGCUGCGGCGGCGGCGCGUGGAGGCCGCGCUGGAGGGGAUGGGCGUGCGUGCGCGCGCCGGGGCGUACCCCGCGAAGCCUGCGAGUGCGCCCGCGCCCCUGCCAUACUGGCGCGGGGUGCUGCCGCGGCAGCCGACCGCCGACAUCACAGGGCCGGACGUGGACACGCUGACUCAGGCCAUGUCGUCGUGGAAGGUGUACUCGCGGAUGUGGCGGGAGCGCGACCGGACGCGGCCGCCGGAGCCGCUGUCGUCGGUGAUCCCGUGGCCGUCGGGCGAGGCCGCGGCGCAGUCGCUCGCCGCGGGGAACCGAGCGCGCGCUGUCCCGGAGAUCGAGGCCGUGGCCGAGGCGAUGCGCGUGGCGCCGCCGCCGCAGCCCGACGCGGGCCCGUCCUCUAACGUAGCUACGACAGCAAGAGGGGUGUAUGUCGGGGGGCGCCGGACGAUGGACAUGCCGAGGUGGCCGUGA